UCUUCAUUUCCGAAAAAAACAUCUAAACAUGGCGGACGAUGACACGAAAUCCCGCGACGAUGCUGUGUCCUCUGUGCACGACAGCGACGUCGAGAGUGAAGAUGAGAAGGAGGAAGUACUGCUCUUAGAUAGCGAUUCCGACGAUGAUUCAGACAGUGGUAGGAAACCGGUGGACUUGGCGCAAGCGGAGAAAGAAGAGAGGAAAAUUCCUGUUACACAUUCGACUUCGAGAAUCGACCUGUCAUUGUCGGACAUUGUGAAGGAGCAGAAGCAUGUGAAACGUUAUGAAAACAAGAACAGUGCCAAUUUUGUGACUGGACUAGAUAUAACAUCGAAGGAAGCCCGUCAGAAAAGAGCAGACAGAGCCAAAAGAUUUGGCACAGCAAGCAAAGAUAAAGCUGGAGAGGAGAAGGAGGAGCAGGAGGAGGAUAUAUCAAACGUUAUAUUAGCUCCAGGAUCUAAAAUAGAUGGUAGUUUAGUUCGUCUGGAAGCAAUUCAUAUAAUAGGAGUGGAUGACAUGAGUACUCAGGAUAUCUUCAGCUAUUUCCAAAGCUACGAUCCAUCCUCGAUAGAAUGGAUCAAUGACACAUCAUGUAAUAUAGUAUGGCUGGACCCACACUCGGCUGCCAGGGCCCUUCUAGGUAUGAGCAAACCUAGAGAAGGCUACUUCAAGCUUGGUCUGAAGAACCUAGCCCAGUCUAGGCAUCUUAUACAAGAGGAACAGGUCCAAGCACCCCAACCCAGUGUAGACCAGGACCCAGAGCCAAUGGAAGAAGGAGGAGAUGAAGAAGAAGAUGGUGUAGAUUUGGUGAGUGACCUUGAGACUGGUGAGAAGGUCAGACCAGCAGCUACUAGAAUCAUACCCACCUCAACCAGUUCACAUUCAAACUAUGGAAGCAGAAGAGAUGAAGGUAUGGAAGGCAUUCAGUUAGGUGAUGAAGAUCUAGGUCCAGUAGAUAUCACACAUGAAGAGGCUCUCAGAAGAGGAAUAACACAUCAUAGUACAGACCAAAUACUCAUGAGAUACGCUACCAGAGAUGAUGUGAAAGCAAAAGGGGCAUAUAAACACAGCCAGUAUUAUGUCAAAUAUGGCAAUCCUAACUUUGGUGGGAUGAGGGGGCUUAUCACACAGUCAAUGAAACAGAAGAUCCGACAGGGCAAGUACAUCCCUGGACAGGCUCGGAAGAGGAGGUACGAAGAAGACUCAGAUGGAGAGAGGGAACUAGAAGAGGAAUGGCCUAGGAAACGCAGAGUACCUGGGAGACUAGAGAGACGGUUAGGGGAACGGGAGACUGGCAGGCAGCACCGCUCACCUCUCCAACGACAACACAGUGAGGACGAGGCCGGCCGGAGCUCUGGGGAUGAUGAGGAAGAGGAGGAGGAGCAGGAGGAAGGAGUAAGUUUGGAGGCUGAAGUGAGGCAUGCGUUGAGAGAUCGGAACGAUGGCAGACACAAGAUGUCAAGAAGGAUGUACGCUGAUGAAAUAGAAGAUGAGAUUAAAAAGAUAAGAGAUACUGUUGAUGUCCAGCAAGCCACUGAACAGGUUGUGACUGAUGCACGGGAGAGAUUAAGACAGAGCCAAGGUCAGGGUCAAGAGAGACUGUCAGUCAAGAGUCGUCUAGGAGCCCUCGUUGGUCACUCAGUGACCCCUGCCCCAUCCAUGGAAAACCUCAAGGUGAUCCUAGAUGUCAAUGAUCGUGUGUCUGAAGGUUGGCAAAGUAGCGAAGAGGAGGAGGGCAGCGAGUCAUUUCAUGAGGACGUAGACUACGAGAGUGAUGAGAUUGACCUUGGCAAUGACCUGAGGUCAAGGUUGAGUCGCAGGAAACCUGAAACAUCCCAAUUUCGACCCGGGUUCAGAGAGUCCGACACAAGACCAGCCUUCCUUGAAAAUCUUCCCUCCCUUCAAAUUGAGAUCAGAGAAGAACACUGAAACAACUUAACCUUAUGACCUUCAUCAAGGUCAAGUGGGUCAUUUAUUACACCAGAGGAGAACAUGAACUUUGCUAUGCUGACCAUGAACUGAACUGACCUAUGACCUUCUAGGUCAAAUGGUUAUUUUUUUAGAUAAGAAAAGAAUGCUAAUAAUUGCAAUAGGGUGACCCUGAAUUGAACUGACCUUUCUCGGGGUUGAAUGAGUCAUAAGUUAUAUCCAAGCAAUAGUUUGAGCCAAGUCGCUGCUCAUUCUUUUUUUUCAUCCCUAGGAUUUUGAUGGUAUCUAGUAAAUUAUUCUCCCCCCCCCAAAAAAAAAAAAUGAAAUGUCUACACAUGUGCCCAUUAAAACAAACAUUUUAGGAAGGGAUUUUAUGAUUGAUGCAAUACAAUCAAUCGUAAAAAACAGUCCUAUUAUGAAUUGUUUAGCAUUGUGCAAUGGGGCCUGUCUUAUUAUUAGAAGUUGUCAUUAAUAAAUGUCAAUCUCAGAUGGAGAUAAAUCUUGAUUCUUAUAGAUAAGUACACAGUUGAAAUUAAUCUUAAUUUGAGAUUCAUCCCAUUUUGAGAUUAAUUCUAAGAAUCAAGAUGUGAUUGUGAAUUUAGAUUUGACCCUGACUUGGAUCAUUCAUAAAUGUGAAGUGAAUGGAGCUUAAUUGAAUUUGCCACUCUUUGAGUUAAAUGCCUGGCUGGAUACUGCUUUUCAAAAAAAAAUAUUGACCAGCAAAUGUAUUGUUUGUAUUUGAAUAUCAAAUGUUUGUUUACAUUCUUUUGUUAAUUUUUAGAUAAAUUAAAGUUUUGUUAAUUUUUAGAUAAAUUGCAUACAGCAACAAGGUUUACUUGUGUUAAAUAAUUUUAGAUUGACAAGAAGACUUGAAUCAGUUAGGAAAGUUGCAACUAGAAAAAAAUGCUAUGUAACUUUGUUAACUUUAUUAUUACAUAUAGUUGCAUGUUAAUUUUAAUUAUUCUUUUUGAGUUUGAGUUCUUUACUUUUUUUUGGGGGGGGUAAUUUUUUUUCCAUGAUGAGUGCAAUGAAAUUGGAUUCAUUCUAAAUCACCAGUAAUCAAGAUUUUGAUAUUCAAGUUAUUCUUUGUGAAUAUGAAAAUGCAUUGUAAAAUAUAACAAAAUAAUGUACAAAGUGGGAGGGAUGCAUUUUUGUACAGAUUAUAAAUUUUCAUAUCUUUCAUACAUUCUUCUGUAUAUAAAGAGUAAUGAAAUAUUGAACCUCCAUUUAUAACAUUUUGUAUGGAAGAUGAGGAAGUAGAAUUCUGGACUGAGAAAACAGAAGUUGACUGUAUAUUUUCAUAUUUCAAUUGAAAUUGAUUAUUUAAGGGGGUUUGUUAUUGAUGAUUUUAUAGUUUUGAUAUAUAUUUGGGGGUACUUAGGAAUUUUGAAAUUGUAAGACAACUAUUGAAUUGUCUUUGUUUUCCUUUUUGCUUAUUACAAUAACCGUGUGUUUCAUUUCUGAAUGAUUAACUUUAAAGCAUUUGACCAAUUUGAAUAAAGAUAAAAUGAGAGUUUAAGGUAAGCCACCUGGCUUGCUGGUUUGCUUUAACCCCUGAUGAAAUGGGAUCAUUGCCAUCUUCUGAACGACACCUUUAUCAAUAUAUCUAUAAACUUACAUUAAUACCAAGUGGUUCGUAUCCAUCCCUUGCUUGUGAAAGCAAUACACCAUCUGAAGACGGUGUAGUUAAGUAGAUUGUCAGAACCCCGGUUUCUGAAGUUAGUCUGUCAUCUCGACGAUGUAGUUUCGUAGAACUUUCGGGGAAGACUUCAUUUAAAAAAAAGCCAAAUGCUCUAAUCAAAAGCCUUUUUUUUUCUUUAUAAAUAAUUAAGGAUAACUUGUUGAAUGUAUUUGAAAUGAGAAUGUCUCAAGUGCAAUAUAUGCAGCAUUUGCUUUCUUACAGUAAAUGUAGGAUUCUAUCAUUCUUGUUAACUAUUACUAUUGCAUUUAUAAAUUAAGGUCACAUUUUAUGUGUAGUUGGCUCCGUUAUCUGAUUUUGAUUCAUCCAGUCUCCUCUCCUAACCAGUCCCUUCUGACUAGUUUAGUUCACUCCCCUUCCGGUUCAGCUAAAACCUUUUUAUUAUUAUUUUUUCACUUUUUUUCAUACAGAAAGACAUCUUUGAUCAUUCAAAAUUACUCACAUCACCAAGGAAAUUAAUAUUUAAAACAAACAGACCUGUAUGAAAAAUAAUAAUGCAUUUUCUCAAGUGCUCACUUCCACUCUGAAUAGUCUUGUUUAGGGAUCAAUUGUUAUGAUUGCCAUCGGAGAGUUCGAUCACAGUUACCAUCUUGGCAAACAAGGAUUUCAAGAUAUAAAUAUUCCUGCUAGGUUAAUCAUUUUCAUUUCCUGGGUCAAGGGCAGCACAGUAUUGAUGUUAUUCCUGCUGAAGAAAAUUGGUGCCAUGGCUGUGAUUAUAAGCCAAGACUCUAAUCUAAAGGCCAGAUCAGAGAUAGAGAAUCACAAUGUCAUAGAAAUGAUGUACAUCUACAUUACUCUAAUAAUGUUGAUGUGCUCCAAUCCCAUUGAGCUCGGAAGCCUAGGAUAUUAAGUCAGGUUGAAUACAAUCAAUGAUUUUAUACCACCAAAAAUAGGUUCUUAUGAAGUUAAGAAAAAUUGUUUUAAGGGGUUGUGUUAUUAUUAGUUCAAACUUAGGUGGAAGAUACUAUAUAGUAUUAUAAGUCUGUUUUUUCAAGUUGUGUUCUUUCUUUCUUAUAUACCUCAUGAGAAUGUUGUAUAACUUUUGUACGAAAGAUAAGAAUUCAAGUUUAUGAAACGUGUGCCAGUGACUGGCUGAUGUAAAUAAAA